AUGUCGAAAUCUAUAUGUUUACAAUGUCGCGCAUCGCUGCGGCACUCCUUUCCUACCACAAAACUCAGAUACGCCCAAAUCUCCCUUCCUCGAACAUACAGUACUUCAGAAGCCCCCCGGGAGACAUCUGCAGCAGGUGGAAGCUCAUUACCUAAAUCAGGAAGCAGCACAGGUCGUUUUGUGCCUCGGAGUGUAAGGCUUCACGGAAGUAAGAUAACGACACCUCUGACUCCCAAGCCGGAAGAUCAACAGGUCCCAGUCCGCCGAGUAUAUGCUCGAAUAAACGUGGAUCUUUCUCACCAACAGACAAACAUCGAUGAGCUCCUAUCAAAACCAACUUGGUCCGUUCGGUCUCUUCUACCAUCUCCAAAUGAGAAGCCUGCCGAAGAAAUUACAGUCAAACAACUUCAUCACUUAUGUCGACUCUCCGCACUUCCUCUUCCCAAAACACCUGAAGAAGAAAAGAAAUUACUAGAUACACUACAUUUACAAUUGCAUUUCUUGAGGGAUAUUCAGAAGGUCAAUACAGAGGGCAUUGAGCCCCUAAGAAGUAUUAGGGAUGAGACGUUGGAGGCAGAAGCGCUUGAGUCAAUUGGAUUGCAAACUAAGGAAAUCCAAGAAGCGUUAAAGAAAGAGGAAUAUAAAGGAAGAAACAAAAGACCGAGAAGGCAGCCAGGGAUUGCGAUAGAUACACAAGGUGCAGAAGAGUGGGAUGUGACUGGAACUGCGACUGAAAAGGUCGAAUUCGGAGGCGGGAAGUAUUUCAUUGUGAAAAGUGGAAAGGAAAUAACGGAAAAGAAAGUGGAGGGGGACAACCAAUCGAAAACAGCAGCAGAAGUUCUUUCCGAUACAGGAACAGAGAAGCUUGAAAGACUUGGUGGUAAUUGA